CCUGGGAGACGACUCUACCAAAAACCACCAAGAUGCGAAGACUCCUGGACCCUCAGCUUCCAGCAAUCACGGCUCCCCGACAAAGUGUCAGCAUUACUACGAGCACUCCUGCCAAACCAUACCUCCUAGCACCUAUGCAGGUCAAAUUCGGAUGGCCAACAUGCCGGCUUUCCCCAACACAGCCCUUCAGCCCCGCACACCGUGCCACGAACGCCAAUACAUUUCCAAGCACCGCCAGCCCGGCUCUCGAAACUUCGACUCGGCGUACCAGCAUCGGAAAUGAGGAUACAUGCCUAGAUUGCGAGGGUACAGGGAAAAGGGCGCAUAGGGAGCACAAACCCGGCUCAUCGACAUCGAAGGAAAACGCACAAGACGCUAGUACGGCGCAUACCACCGAGCAGGCUCCCAGUCCCUCGCAUUGGACACCAAACGCUUUGGCUGUGUGCUCCGCUUUGAUAAAAUGAGUCGCAAACUUGUUGCCGAUACUCGUGCCCAACCUCCGAGGCAUACGCCGGACUCUCCACCUCCAUACUCGGAGGGAGGCACACUUGGUGAUAGCUCAGAGCCUUCCACGCCUCCUAAGGUUGCGAGAGGCCUGAGGGAUACAGUCAAGGUGAAGGAACGUUCCAUGACUUCUUCGAAUAAUACACUAUCUG